UGUAAUUUUGGAAAUUUCAUAUUUUCAACUUGUAGUUUUGCCAAAGCUGAAAAUUUCUGGGUUUUGUGCAAAUAGAUCGAACUCUUUCCGCUUCAGAAAGGAUGGGGAGAAAGCGAAAAGUUUUGUGCUGUUUCAAGGGUUAUUGGAUGGAGUAAAGAAGUUGAAAUAUAUUUCAUUCAAAUUUUGGUCAAAGUGUAGACAGUGGAGUAACAGUCUGCAGAGUUGUAACCGAGGUUACAGCUUGUAUUUGGGAAGAAAAAAGAGUCUAUAUCGAAAGUUAUGCAGCCGAAGUUUAUCUGAGGCUAUUUGGCUGCUGGAGUAGAUAUGUCAAGCCCAACGGUUGACAAAAGAAACAAUAGAACAACAAUAAAUGAAAAUAGACCUAAGUCAAACACAAAUACAAAAGUCCAGAAAGAACCAGUUGAUAGUGAACAAAAGCCAGCAUCACUUCAGGAUGAAAAUGAAAAAGAUGAUGAUGAACUUCAGAAAGAAGAAGAGGAAAAAAUGAUCCAGGAACAAAAACAUGCUGAGGAGAUAGCACAAGAAGCAACUGAACGUUUAGAGGCAAAGAUGGCCAUCAGGAGACAAAAUCUUGAUGCAUCACAUAAUCGACCACAAGAAUCAUUCUUCCGCAGUCUUGACUCAAACAUUAAGAAAAAUUCCUCAUUCAUCAAGAAACUGAAAACUAUGACAGAACAGCAGAAACAAUCUUUAAACCAGGAAUUUAGUGGCUUAAAUUUGACUAGAUUUAUCCAAGAAGUAGUGACAGCAAUUGUAGAAGGACUGCAUAAAUUAAAGGUGUCAGACGUGAGCAUUGUAGUCCAUAUGUGUGGGUUGUUUCAUCAACGUUAUGCAGACUUUGUGGGUAUCUUCAUCACAGAAUUAAUGAAAAUGUUUGAAAACUAUAACUGCAAGGAUGAUGAAAAGUCCAUGAAUGUGAAUAAGUUUCGUGUUGGUCUUCGUGUUUUGGCUGAACUUGGCCUUUAUGGGAUCAUUGGACACAACGAGGAAGCCAUUAAGUUGCUCAGCUCAACGCUUAACAAUAUCACCAGCUGUGAUAUGCAAAACCAUUUAUAUCUGCCAGUCAUCUUGAGUUUUUGUCGUCACUGCGCUGAGGAUGUUCUUGGAAUUACCUCCAGGAAACAAAGACUUUUGCUGCAGAAAUACGAUGUGAAAAUACCUCAUUUUGAGGUUAUUCCCGCGGAAAAGCAAAAUUCUAUUUUCUUGAUAUUGAAGUCUUACUAUCAAUCCUUGGUCACACAUCUUCUCAACGAACACGGCGACUUGCAAAAGAAAGAAACGCAAAACAAACAGAUUCUUUUGAGCAAAGGUGAAUUACACGAGGAGAGAAAAGAAGCAUAUGAAAAAUGUCAAAAAUCUUAUGAUAAAUUGCUUACCAAUACAUCUGCUUUGGCUGAAAUUCUUGAUCUGGAUAUGCCAGACUUGCCGGAAAGUGAAUCACUACCUGAAGAAGAUGGCAAUGGUGGCAUUAACAUAUUCAAUCCAUUUAAAUUAACUGAGUACGAUGGAGAUACAGGUUUAUGGGAGGAUGAAGAUACAAGAACAUUUUAUGAAAAUCUUAAAGAUCUUAAAUCUCUUGUGCCAAGCAUCUUGUACAAGGACAGCAGUAACACUGAAAGUGAUAGUAAAACAUCAACAAAAGAAGAGUUGAUGAAUGGUCUGGAUGAUGAUAGUGAUGUUAUGAUAUCGGACGAUGAAGAUAACUUGACAGAUAUGACUGAAGAAACAGAAGAAGAUGAAGCAACGUCAGCUGAUGAAAACAGCAGUGGUAGUAAUCCUAGCAAUGCAUCUGCUGGGAAGAAUAACCAUUCUAACUCAAGUCAACUGGAGCAGAUCGUUCAAAGGUUACCAACAUGUGUCAAUAGAGACUUUAUUGAUGAUCUUGCCACAGAUUUUGUGAUGACUUGCAAUACUAAAGGCAAUCGCAAAAAGCUUUGUAAAGCUUUAUUUGGGGUUCCAAGAACGAGGUUUGAUUUGCUGCCCUUUUAUUCUCGAUUGGUUGCUACUUUACAUCCCUGUAUGCCUGACUUGGCUGUCGAUCUGUUCAGCUCGCUCAAAGCGGAAUUUAAGUGGCAUGUUCGAAAGAAAGACCAAAUUUAUGUUGAAUCAAAGGUCAAGACUGUUCGUUUUAUAGGUGAAUUAACUAAAUUCGGUAUGGUUCCGAAAAAGGAAACAGUUCAUUGUUUGAAGAUAUUACUGGAUAAUUUCACACAUCAUAAUGUUGAAAUGGCGUGCAGUUUGUUGGAGACGUGUGGCCGCUAUCUCUUUAGAUCAGCGGAUUCUCACAUCAAGACUAAAAACAUUCUGGAACAAAUGAUGCGCAAGAAAGCUGUUCAAAAUCUUGAUUCUCGUCAGAAGACAAUGAUUGACAAUGCAUUUUAUUACACCAACCCACCUGAUAGACCAAAGGUAACUAAAAAAGAAAGACCUCCCAUGCAGGAGUACGUGAGAAAAUUAUUAUAUAAAGAUUUAUCAAAAACAACAACAGAAAAGGUCCUGCGUCAACUACGAAAAUUGCCUUGGGAUCAAGAGGAUAUUUGCGCCUAUGUUGUUCGAUGUCUCAUUCGCUCUUGGAAUAUUAAAUACAGCAACAUUCAUUGCGCUGCUAACUUGUUGGCGGGAUUAGCUCCUUAUCAUGAGUAUGUGGGGAUAGAAGUGGUCGAUGGUGUAUUAGAGGAGAUACGUGUUGGAAUGGAGAUAAACAUUCCAAAGAUGAACCAAUGUCGUAUAAGUUGUGUGAAAUACCUCGGGGAGCUUUAUAAUUAUCAGUUGAUUGAAUCGAUUGUCAUCUUUACUGUUCUGUAUUCCUUUAUCACUUUUGGCAACUCUGAUGAUGGUUCGCCGUCCAUCUUAGAUCCCCCUGAACACCUUUUCCGUAUCCGUCUCGUCUGUAUUCUCCUUGACACGUGUGGACAGUAUUUUGAUCGUGGAAGUUUAAAACGUAAACUAGACUGCUUCUUAGUUUACUUUCAGGCGUACAUUUGGAAAAAGAAAUCAAAUGGAGUUUGGAAUGAAGACUGUCCAUUUCCGAAGGAAGUUGAAUACAUGGUGGCAGAUACACUGGAAUCUUUACGACCCAAACUCAGACUUCAUAAUUCCUUGGAAGAAGCCAUGAAAGCUGUGGAGGAACUGAACUUGGAAUAUCAACAGAAAAUAGACGAGGCAGUCAAAGUCGUGGCGACGGACAACAAACCUGCGUCAUCUCCAAUCCAGUUGCCGCUGAACACCAACAACUGCGCGCCUGUAUCCUAUCCUCAGUCCCCGACCGAUCGUGACGAGGAAGAGAGCGAGACUGGGGAGAGCGAUAUGGAAGCUGAGGAGAGAAAUCCUGGGGGGGAUGGAAACAAACGUAAACGAGGAGGCGAUUCUUUGACUCUCGAUGAAGAUGAGUUGUCUGAAAUUGAAUCCGAGCAGGAAGGUGAAAAUAAGGUGAAAGGAAUAGGUGCCCCAAAACUUGUUCCAUGUGAAGAAGACACGGAGUUUCUUAAUGAUUUCAACAAAUUGAUUGUCGACGACAACCAAAGUCGUCGGACUGAAAACGUCAAAGUUCCUUCGUUUGAUGUCGCCGUACCUAUGCAGCUGGGAAAGAAAAAAACCGGAAACGAAGAAGGAAAUCGCGUCAAUUUUAUGGUGAUGUUAAAGAAAGGAAACAGGCAGCAUUUGCGUGAUCUUAAAGUUCCAAUCACUUCCGAUCUUGCCGCGAACAUACGCGAAAAGCAACAGGAAGAACAGGCUGAACAAGAAGAAGUAAAGAGAUUGGUACUAGAUUAUAAUCAGCGUCAAGAAGAAGAGACGUACAAUGAGCUGAUGGCGCAAUCACGUCAGCCGUCACCUGGAAACCGCUAUCGUGGACGUCGUGAGAAUAAACCGAAGCCGGCGAAUAAAUACCGCGAAGCAGAACAAGGAUUCUUUAUGAAUAAGAGACGCUGAAGAUUGUUGUCAUGACGACAAAUAUGGCCAACGUGUGGUUUUGAGUCGGCCCCAGUGUCCCACAUUAAUGGCCAUCGCAUAAACCCGCGAACCUUCAAAUCCCAAGAGCUUUGUCUCUUUGUUCUAACCCAGCAUAUUUGCUCUUUUUCGUGCCUUCUUCCAAGUCUCUUGGAAUUGUUGUGCAUUUUUAGUUAUUUUUGUGGAUAAUUGUAAUAUUUAAUGUUGAUGGUGGUAGAAUUAAUACCUCUUUUGAAAAACCAAAUUAUGGAUCAGGAUGGAUCCAAAAACCUUUUGUAGUUUCGCCAGAACGAAAUAUCAUUUUAGUUCAAAUUGAUCCAGUUUUUUCUGCUGCUAAAUAAUAUAACGGCUUUAGAUUCAGGGGCCGGUUUGUAUCAAGCCCGUUUAGCUUAAACGGUGGUUAAGUUCAAAAUAGAAGUCAUAGAAAGCAAGUCAAUUGUUUUA